AUGGGCAAAGCCGCCGGGGUCGAAAAGAGCAUUCGCAAACCCCGACGGAGCUUCGCCAAUUACAAGACCAAGAUGACUUCCCUUCCUCGUCCUGACGCAGCAGUCACUGCAUCUCGAAGACAAUGCAGAAGUCUUAUCUUAUCAGGCCAAAUAUACUUCUCCUUUGGGUUCUCCACCCGAAAUUCAACAUGCCAUCACGUCGAUGAAGAGUUGUACGGCGCCCGUGUCAUGUGGAUAAAACCAGAACAUAUGAGAAGUCUUCUACCUAUUAUCGCCAGAGGUCUAGCUAGGCUCCUCAUGCAGAAUGCAAAGUGCCCACGUAGUGGCAAACUAGUAAGACCAUGUUGCUGUAAAGAAGGAGAUCCAUAUGCAUUUGCAAUUAUUUCCCAUUCUGUGCGCUGUCUGUAA